AAGGAAUUUCUUUUGAAACAUUUGUAACGAGUAAGAUUAUACGUAAAAUCACAUUCUAGAAAACGACUCUGUACAAUACUCGUCGAUACCAAAUCGGUAAGAAGUUUGAUAAAACACCAUGAGUGUAACUUUUACUGUGGAUGAUGUUGUCAAUAAGGCUGGCUACGGAAAAUUUCAGAUAAGGUUACUCUUCUUGUCUGGUUUAGGAUGGAUUGCGGAUUCCUGUGAAGUUUUUGUCAUAUCAAUUUUAAGCCAAUUUCUAGCAUGUGAGUGGACUUUAAAGAGGGAGCAUCCAGCUAUACUUACAUAUGCUGUAUUUGUGGGAAUGGCCGUCGGAGCCGUAUGUCUUGGAACUAUUGGUGAUAUUUUUGGAAGAAAGAAGGCACUUGCAACAUCAAUGGUUAUACUAUUCGUUGUUGGCUUUGGAAACGCGUUUGUCCCUUCCUUUUUGUGGAUGGUGGUGUGCAGAGGUAUCUUAGGCUUCGGUCUUGGAGGAGUUGGGCAAGGCCUAGCUGUGUGCACUGAAUAUUGUCCUACUCAUAUUCGUGGGAGAGCUGCAUUCUUCUUGUGUUAUUUUUGGUCGUUUGGCACAAUUCUGGUCAUUCUCGUAUCGUGGGUGGUGAUGCAAUACAAAAACAGCUGGCGUCUUCUGUUGAUGAUUCUAUGCCUUCCAUCUUUGUUAGGACUGGUAUCCUUAAAAUGGUAUCCUGAAAGUGCUAGAUACUAUCUAGUUAGUGGUCAAUACGACCGAGCAGUUAAAAUACUUCAAAAAGUUGCCACAACGAAUGGAACUAGCUUACCACCAGGGCAUCUCGUUCAAGUGAUCACAGAAGAAAAAAGAGGACGCUUCCUAGAUCUCCUCACUAAAAAAUACAGGGUGGCAACUUUGAUUCUUUGGUACACAUGGUUAGCUGUUGCCUUAGCAACCUAUGGAACAGUCUUUGUAAGCCCCAUAAUUAUUCAAAAAGGAUUUCUUGGGACUGAUAAAAAUGAUAACCAGACCAAUGGAAAUGAGUCUGAAAGUGCAGCAAAUGUAGUGCCUUGCCUCGAAUUCUCGCAGCAAAAUUUCAUCGAUCUUCUUUGGACAAGUGCCGCUGAAUUUCCUGGUUUAGUGAUUUUCACAUUCUUAGCGGAACAAUGUGGUCGCAAAGUGCUGAUUUCUGUAUCCUGUUUUGUCAAUGGCUUUCUCCUUCUCUUACUUUUAAUUAGAACUCACAAAAUUGUGAUUCUUCUCGUACUGUUUGCAGCUAGAGGACUCAUGCUUGCUGUUUUCCAAUUAGUAUACAUAGUUACAUUAGAAGUAUACCCAACGACAUUUCGCGCACUGGGCAUGGGGUUUGGCAACUUUUUCAGCAAAAUGGCAGGCUUUAUUGUACCAUAUGUAUCGCAAGUGUUAGUAUUUGAUCAUCCUACAAUAGCUAUUGGACUAAUGGCUGGUGCAAUGUUCCUGGCAGCCAUUGCUACAGCUUUCCUUCCAUUCGAAACAAGAGGGGUUCAAAUGAAAGAAAGUGCUAAAGAGAAAACGAAUUGCAGAAUAGAUUUACCACAAGAAAAAUGAAAUGGAAUGCCUAAGGUGACAGAAAAACUACUACAUUUGAAACCUGCAAAGAUUCAUGUUGCUGCUCAGAAAAUUGUAUUAUCCCAUAAAAUACCAUCAAAAACAGUUGAAUAAUGGCUUAGAAACUAAUUCACAUGCCAUGGAUUAAUAACUAAGCAACUUAAUUAAGUUAUUAAGUUAUAGUUCAUUUUAUGAAUUAUAUGGAAAAAUAUCAGUUUUUCUUACAAACAAGGAAAAAAAACGUCUAUAAAAAAUAAAAUGUCCAUAAAAACUUUAAAUAGCAUAUAAAAUAACCAAUAUCAGAACAGGUAUUGGGCCUUAUGAAGAA